CUUGGACCCGCUGAUAAGACGAAAAAAAUUAAAAAACCAACAGUUUUCUAUUACUAUUAUUAUUGUUGCACACGCUCGUGUUCCGUCUUCCGCGUUCGAUACGCGUCUUUUUUUUUUUUUUUUGCCGUACGUACCUGCGUUGGCACAAGCGAUCCUACACGCCGCCGACGUACACUGCAACUCUUUCGUAAGGCUGAUCAGUUAAUUGGAAAAGACUUAAAAUAUGUCUCGAUUCAUGAAACAUGUAAUAAAAAACAAAUUUCCUAAGACAUUUAUUCAAUUAAAGAAUAUUCAAGCUAGGCAGUUGAACUUGUUAGAAUGUCACAGCAAAGAUUUAUUAAGUCAACAUGGAGUUACAGUUCAAAAGUUUAAAAUCAUUGAAAAUGCUGAUGAAACAAAUAAUUUACUAAAAACUUUUAAUGUCGAUGAAUAUGUAUUAAAAGCUCAAGUAUUAGCUGGAGGUCGAGGAAAAGGUCAUUUUAGUAAUGGAUUCAAAGGUGGUGUUCAUGUCACAAAAGAGAGAUCAAAGAUUCAUGAUCUACUAAAGAAUAUGCUGGGCUUUAAAUUAAUCACUAAACAAACACCCAAAGAUGGAAUAUUAGUGAACAAGGUUAUGGUUGCAGAGUCUGUCAAUAUUAAAAGGGAAACUUAUUUCUGUAUUUUAAUGGAUAGAAAUGAAAAUGGUCCAGUACUCAUAGCAUCUCCAGCUGGAGGAAUGGACAUAGAAGAUGUUGCUGUUAAUUCGCCUGAAUUAAUUAAAAAAAUUCCGAUUGAUAUUUAUGAAGGUAUCUCUGAUGAAGUAGCUCUAGAUGUAGCUAAAUUUUUAAAUUUUGAUGGACCAUUAGCUAAUAUGGCUGCCAAUGAAAUAAAAAGAUUAUGGGAUUUCUUUUUGUCAGUUGAUGCAGUUCAAAUAGAAAUUAAUCCAUUAGUUGAAACCACUGAUAAUAAAGUUGUGUGUGUUGAUGCUAAAAUUCAAUUUGACGAUAACAGUCAGUUUAGACACCAACAAGUAUUUGAAUUGGACGAUACCAGUGAAUCAGAUCCCCGUGAAGUUAUGGCCAAUAAACAUAACUUAAAUUACAUUGGUAUGGAUGGUAAUAUUGGAUGCUUGGUGAAUGGUGCUGGUCUUGCGAUGGCUACUAUGGACAUAAUCAAAUUACGUGGAGGUGAGCCAGCAAACUUUUUAGAUGUUGGUGGAAAUGUAAAUGAAAAUCAAGUUUAUGAAGCUUUUAAACUGUUGACAUUGGAUUCAUCGGUGAAAGCAAUUUUGGUUAAUGUUUUUGGCGGCAUUGUAAACUGUGCAACAAUUUCUAAAGGCUUAAUAAAUGCUUCGAAGAAGUUGAAUUUAAAAAUACCCUUGGUCGUAAGGCUAGAAGGCACAAAUGUUUCUGCUGGUAAGAAGCUCUUGGAAGAAUCUGGCUUGCUUAUUCAAUUUGCUUCAGAUCUCGAUGAAGCGGCUAGAAAAGUUAUUUCAUCAGUAGAAAAAUAAGUCUUUAAAAACAUACUUUUUUAUAAAAAUAAAUUGUACACGAAAUUUUUCAAUUAUUGGAUUUUGUAUUUGGUUAU